AUGUCGGCGCCACUUGGUUUCCACCUCAUCCCGUCUCGUAUCGACGCAAACCAACCUUUGCGAGACCAGGAGACCUAUCUUGUUCUGCCUGACGUGGACCGUAGGUCGGAGCGCUAUGAUCUCGAGUCGAUCCAAGCUUUUCAAAAGGCUGCCAACUACCUUGCUGUAGCCCAGAUCUACUUGCAGGACAAUGUGCUCCUGGAAGAGCCGCUCGACUAUAAGGCUCACGUCAAGAAGAGACUGCUUGGUCACUUUGGCACCGUUCCUGGCCUCGUCUUUGUUUAUGCGCACGUAUCGGCCCUUCUAGCACGCAUCGAAAGGAACACAGCCACCGAUUCGUAUGGCAGACACAGAGCCAUUUUUAUCACUGGUCCAGGACAUGGUGCUCCAGCCAUCCUCAGCUGCCUGUACCUCGAAGGUUCUAUCUCGAAAUUUUAUCCAGAGGAAUCGGUCUCGCACCAGGGUCUACAUGCGUUUGUCAGGAACUUUAGCUGGCCCAACACGGUACGUCCAUCGCACGUGACGGCGACAACACCUGGUGCGAUUCACGAAGGAGGCGAGCUCGGCUAUGCGCUCUCGGUAGCACAUGGCGCUGUCAUGGACAAGCCUGACCUCAUCGCAUUUGCCGUCAUCGGAGACGGAGAGGCGGAGACCGGUCCGACUGCAACCGCGUGGCAUUCACACAAGUUCAUUGACCCUUGCGAGUCGGGUGCCGUCUUGCCCAUUCUGCAUCUGAACCGCUUCAAGAUCAGCGAAAAGACGAUUUUUGGCACGAUGGAUCGCACCGAGCUGCUGGCGCUGUUCGUCGGCUACGGCUAUCAGGUGCGCUUUGUCGACUACUACCAACAUCUCGGUACUAAGCACACGAUUCCUGGUGACCACGAGGCCACAGCGUUUGAUGUCGAUAUGGCAGCCAGCCUCGACUGGGCGCUGAGUGAGAUCGAUAACAUCCAGAAGGCGGCACGUCAGGCCGAAGCUCAAAAGAAACCGCGCUGGCCUAUGAUCAUCUUGACCUCGCCGAAAGGAUGGGGUGCGCCCGUUCAGGUUGAUGGUCAGCAGAUCGAGGGUUCGUUUCGAAGCCACCAAGUGCCUGUCAAGCUCGGCGCUUGGUCGGGCGCCGAUGAGCAUCUCUCCAUCCUCGAAAGCUGGCUCGAAUCGUAUAAGCCACGUAGCUGGUUGCAGUCGGAUUCGGGCCAACUCAGGCUGAAUCCUCUUGUGACACGCAUGCUGCCUAGUGAUGAGCUCCGCCUGGGUCGUAUCCGCGAGAUCUACGAAAAGAGCGCUGACUUGCAAGAUGUAAGCACCAGCGCUUACAUGGUCAGCUCAGAGUCGUCGGACAACAGCCGUGGCAACACACGAUCCAAAGCUUCAGCCAUGGAGCAAUGCGGCAAAUAUCUGGCAGCGCUGUUGCCCAAAAAUCCGGAUCGACUGCUCAUCUUUUCACCCGACGAACUCGUCUCGAAUAAGCUCGAUGCCACGCUCAAAGUACAAGGCUUGAAAGCACGCAAAUUCGAACACGAUUCCGAGAGUAUUGUGACGCCACAAGAGCGUCAGCAGGGGAUUCGGUCUGGGCGCGUUAUCGAGAUGCUUAGCGAGCACACGCUGCAAGGCUUUGCACAGGGGUACGCGCUUACGGGUCGAAUCGGUCUCUUUCCGAGCUACGAGUCGUUUUUGGGCAUUGUGACGACUAUGAUGGCGCAAUUUGCCAAGUUUGUCAAGGUGGCCAAGACGACGGAUUACCGAUCACCAGUACCGUCGAUCACGUAUGUGAUGAGUUCGACGUUGUGGCGACAAGAGCACAAUGGCGCCAGCCAUCAGCAGCCAGGUCUAAUCAACUCGGUGCUGGAUCUCCCGCACAAUGUUGCACGUGUCUAUUUGCCGCCGGAUGCCAACUGUGCGGUGUCGACACUGUCGCACUGCCUGCGCAGCCACAACUAUGUGAACCUGGUGGUCGGCAGUAAGCAUCAGACCAGGGUGUAUCUGAGCGAGGACGAGGCAAAUGCGCAUUGCAAGGCGGGCGCAUCGAUUUGGCAUGCUUACUCGACCGACGGUGGUCAAGAGCCGGAUGUGGUGAUUGUAGGCAUUGGUACCGAGACGACGGCGGAAGCGAUUGCGGCUACAGAGCUGCUCCGAGGAGCGCAGCUUGACGACAGUGCCAAGAGCGAUGGAAGUGCAAGGCAGGCGCCGGAGGAUGUUUUGCGCGUGCGCUUCAUCAACGUUACCGACCUCAUGAUCCUUAGCGAAAACUCGGUGCACCCUCACGCGCUGAGCCAAGAGCUCUUUGACGGCCUGUUCACACGCGAUGUUCCCAUCCUGUUUAACUUCCACGGCUACACCACCGCCAUCAAGGGCUUACUCGGCGACCGGCUGUCUGGCGAGAUGGGUCGACGUCCCAUGGCCGUGCACGGCUUUAUCGAGGAAGGCAGCACCACUACGCCCUGGAAUAUGCUCAAGCUCAAUGGCGUCGACCGCUUCACCGUUGCAUGCCGAGCUGUUGAGCUCAUCCAACGCGAUCUCGAGCUUAAGAAGCAUCGUCGAGCCAAAGUCAACGAGCGACUCCAAAAGAUGGCUCAGAGUCAAAGAUUCGACAUGCUUGCGAGAAAGUGGAAGCAGAGGCGAGAGGAGUGGCAGCAGUAUAUCAAUCGCAAUGGUCGAGAUCCAGAUGAGGUUGAUGCCGAGUGA